AUGUGCUCUCUGCUUCCCCUCCUGCCCCUGUUACUGGCCUGGACCAGAGUGGCAGGGGCGGUGGACCCCACCAUGCCGUUCAUGGAGUACCUGGACCAGGACCGUCUGGUGUGUCUGAAGUGGGGCUUCGACAAUCUGCAAGGGAACAUCACAUUCCAGCUGGUAGUCAACUCGACGGGCUGGGUGGGCUUUGGCUUGAGUCCAAACGGAGGCAUGAAGGGGUCAGACAUCGUCAUCGGGGGACUGGGACCCGAUGGGAGCUACUUCACAGAUCGGCACGCCACGGGGAAGUCCACGCCUUUGGUGGAUGAGCAGCAGAACUACGUCCUCCUCUCCAUGAGCGAAAACGACGGCCAAACCAUCAUGACGUUUCAGAGAACCAUCAAAGCGUGUGAUGACAAAGACUUCCACAUCACUACUGGGCCCAUCAAGCUAAUCUACGCGUACGGAACGACAGAUAAGAUUGAAUACCACAUGUCUCGCAGAGGCACCAAGGAAGUAAACCUGCUCAACUAUAUGCCAAGGACCGUCCCGACCAGCUCCAACUAUCUCAGUGCCCAGAUGGACAAAUUCACCGUGCCAGCCGUUCCUACCUACUAUCACUGCAAGGUCCUGCAGUUCCCAAAGUUAAAUACGAAACAUCACAUAUAUCAGAUUGAACCGGUGAUAGAGAACAAAGACGUCGUUCAUCACAUCCUGUUGUACCGAUGCCCCCACUUCGUGACGCAGACGUAUGAGUAUAAGUGCUACGUGGGCGACGUGGGCGACACCUGUUUUCAUGUCUUGGCUUCAUGGGGAAUUGGAGGAGCGGUUUUUGAGUUUCCAGAAAAUGUGGGUAUUCCUGUUGGAGGUGACAAUAAUAAUCCGUUCUAUAGGCUGGAGAUCCACUACAACAACCCAGAAAGCAAAGCAGGCAUCACAGACAGCUCCGGGCUGAGGCUGCACUACACGGCUCAACUCCGGCAGCAUGAUGCCAGCAUUCUCAAUGCAGGCGUGCUGGUCAGAAGCCCCCUGACCUACAACAUCCCGCCAAAAACCUCUCAGUUUCGCACCUACGGCAUUUGUAACACGUCACAGUUUUCUCAGCAUGUAAAUCCUGUCCCCGACCUCCAUGUGUUUGCUGUGCUGUUGCACACUCACUUAGCUGGGAGGAAGGUCAGAGUCGGUCACUUCAGAGAUGGAAAGCAGAUAGGCUUCUUGGGCUUGGAUGAAAACUACGACUUUGAGUUUCAACAAACUGUCAGUUUGGGGAGCAUCAAGACCAUCAAGCCUGGUGACGAGAUCAUAGUGGAGUGCACCUACAGCACCGCCGACCGAGAUGGAAUCACUCAGAUGGAACUAGCAACCACUGAUGAGAUGUGUCUGGCUUUCCUCUUCUACUACCCUGCAAACAAGAUCACCUACUGCGCCAGCCGUCCAAAUACAGCUCUUCUACCAACGAUCAACAUCAACAACAUAGCAUCUGACGAGUAUGAGACUUUGUUAAAGGCCCUACCUCAAGUUGAGAUAGCCCUUGACAACGACUUUCAAGAAUCAGUUUUCCCAAACGGGACGAUGAGGGAGAUGAUGAAGACGCCCACCGUCGCCUGUCAGAAUAACAACGCAUCAAGCCGACUCUGCACCUCUUGGAUUGUGAACCACGCGGGGAUUUUACUUCUGUUCCUCUGGUUUGCAUUAAUGUAACAUGGUUGUAUGAGCAACAGAUCCAACUUCAGCCGGUCAAGGAAGACACAGUUAAUCCUAAUUGUGUCCUAUUUGAUAUAUUCAGCUUUACAGGACAUUUUCUUGGGGCUUGUUCUCUCAUUAAAUUACACGUCUUUUCUCGUUGUUGCUGAUUGUUGAUCACAGCAUUAUUCAUAUUAUUCAACAAGUGACUCAUCAUAAUGGAGUCAGUCAAGAAUACAUUAAAUUUAUACUGUUUUUGGAUAGUUUCAUUUCUUCCAUUUUACGUGACAUGUUAUCAGACUUUAAAUGUGCAAAUGAUCUAACGUUAAUAUUUUUGAAUGAAUUAUGAUGUUGCACAUCAGUAGAGACGUUUGCCAGGUAUUUAAUCAGUCAGUCCUGUUAUGUUAUUUUAUCUUAACAGACCUUUUUCACAGGAGACUUGCUAUAAUAAGAAAAUCACAGGUAUUACUAAUGACACAAACAAUUACUGAUCUAUAAACCACACGGUAGCUAACAGGCGCUAUCCACCAACUCUACCUUAUAUUAUGUACUUCUCAUGUUGUCUAUGCACAGGUUAUGAUUAUUAGGCACCAAAACUUAUGCACUUAUCUGUUUGUAUACAUGACUUGUGUUCAAUUGCACUGUAAGCCUAAUUGUUGAUUUUUAUAUGUAUGAGAGUUUUUAAAUCAUUAAAGGUCAC